AUCGACAGGACUAUUAAAACUUCGCAAACUACGUACAGAAUACACACCAUGACGCAUCCCACAAUCAACGCAUCUCUUCGUCAGAGCAAUGCUUAUCCGACAACGUCACAGCAAGCAAUAGCUUUGACGAUGCGAAUCGAAGCGAAGAAAGCCGAAUUGGAGAAUCUCAGCCAAUUGCGUGAUUUGAGCAGUGCUCUUGCCUCGCAGAUGCAAGCUCUGGAGGCGAAAUUGGCUACUUUGAAGGACGGCACAGAAUCCAUCGCCUGUGUUUUGGCAAACUGGCAGAGCGUUCUGCAGGCGAUCAAUAUGGCGACUAAGAAAACAGCGACUAGUGUCCAGGGACUCGCGACCGUUGAGAACCGCCCAGCAACACUCGUGCGGAUACCCACUGCAACAAUUGACACGCUUCCAGAUGCUUGAUCGACCGGUCUAUUUAUUGGUGCUCUUACAAACUCUCGAGAAGGGCGCCGGCAUACAAGUCCAUGAAUAACACGUGUUGCAGUGGACUCCGGGUCGAAGGAUAACGGGGCCGUUCCGUGAGGAAGCAUGAGGAUUUCUCAAACCCGUGCCACGUAUGUCCGACACCCACAGCAGCAACACAAUGCUCAACGAUGCUUGGCCGUUUAUUGCCAUUAUCACAAACGCGAUGCAAGCGAUGGCUGCUGCGAAAUAUGACAAUUCGUGUCGCAGGAGCUCGAAGGCGAUCUAAUCGGCUGUUAACAGAUAAUGAGAGGGGUGCUGCAUUGAUGGACCGUCUGUUCGCGGGAACUUGACAAUACAAAAUGUUGGACUUGUCUUGGCCGUGCUUUGGUGUAGAGCAACAUUGAGAGUACAGAUAAGCUAUCUAUAUGUUUAUAUCUACGGUAGUGGCAGAUUAGUAUGCGGUGCUAGGGUCUGUGUGGCUCAAUCAUGGCUGAACUUAAAAAUUUUGGUCAUGCCCUGAGUCGAGGGAAGAAAGA